AUGGCGGUCGAAGUGAGAGAUAAAGUGGGAGAGGAGUACAAUUUUAACUUGGUACAGAGUCAGAAUGGCUGGGGAGUGACUUACACUUCUACUCAGAUCUGUGCUGUAAAAGGAUCAUCAGUGGAGAUACACUGCACCUACACAUACCCACCCAGAAUAAAUAAUGAAACUAUUGAAGUUCAGAAAAGAUUAUGGUUUACUAAAUUUCAACAAGAUGUACCUGUGGAUCUAAAAACUGACCCAAACUAUGACGCUCGAGUGGAGUAUUAUUUUUCUCGGAACAACAGCACUCUGAGAAUCACAGACGUGAGAGAGAGCGACUCAGCUCAAUACAAGUUCAGGUUUGAGACAAACAAUCGUAGUGGACGUUAUACUGGCUCUCCUGGAGUCACUUUGCUUGUUACAGAUGCUCCAAAGCUUCCCUCUGUGUCAGUGACUCUCUCGGGUGAGAUAGUGGAGGGCAGCUCUGUGACUCUGACCUGUAGCAGUGAUGCUAACCCAGCAGCUAAUUACACCUGGUACAAGGAGGAUGAUCAGAAACCUCUCAAUGCUCCAAAGCUUCCCUCUGUGUCAGUGAGUCCCUCUGCUGAGAUAGUGGAGGGCAGUUCAGUGACUCUGACCUGUAGCAGUGAUGCUACCCCAGCAGCUAAAUAUACCUGGUACAAGAACAAUGAUCGCAAACCUCUCAGUGAGAGCUUCCAGCUUGGGUUCAGCUCCAUUCAGUCCUCUGACUCUGGAGAGUAUUACUGUAAAGCCAGAAACAAGCUGGGGAUGAAGAUGUCUAGGAACAAACUUCUUGAUGUAAAAUGCAAACUCUCUGUGUCUUUACCUUCUCUUUCAGAUGCUCCAAAGUUUCUGUCUCUAUCAGUGAGUCCCUCUGAUGAGAUAGUGGAAGGCAGCCCUGUAAAUCUGAUCUGCAGCAGUGAUGCUAAACCAGCAGCUAAUUACACCUGGUACAAAGACAACAAAGUACUGUCAGCAGGACAACAGAAUGUUUAUCACUUUAUCUCCAUCAGCUUGGAGGACAGUGGGGAUUAUUCCUGCAAGUCUGAGAAUGUGCAUGGACAGGCCAACUCUACCUCUCUAUCAGUGGAUGUACAAUAUCCUCCGAGACUUCCCUCUGUGUCAGUGAGUCCCUCUGCUGAGAUAGUGGAGGGCAGUUCAGUGACUCUGACCUGUAGCAGUGAUGCUAACCCAGCAGCUAAUUACACCUGGUACAAGGAGAAUGAUGAGUCACCAAAGGCAUCAGGACAGAACUUCACCAUCACUGACAUCCAACCUGAACACAGUGGGAGUUAUUACUGUGUUGCCCAGAACUCAAGAGGACAUCAGAACUCCAUCUUACAGCUGAAUGUUGUGGCAGUGAAAUCAGUAAUAAUCGCGAAUAUCAUCAGGUUGACUCUGGUGGUUCUGAUGCUGAUUCCUCUGCUUUUGUUGAGUAUACAGAUAAGGAAGAAGAAAUGGGCAAACGUACAAACUGGAGCAGAUGGAACUGCUGACAUGAUGCAGUUAGAUUCGCAUUCUGUUUAUGAGAACCUUUCAGCCUUGAAGGCCUUCACAGCAAGCACAAACAGACAAGGAAGUGCAGGAAGAUCUGGAGUGAAGUCCAACUAGCUGAGAGUCCUGCAUGGAAGAAACAAAAUGAACUCAAAUCCAUGUACCUCGUAAAUAUUAUUUACUUGUUGAACCAGAUUAAAAAUGAUCUAAAGAGAGAAUUGUCAUCCCUAAAGUAGUACAGGAGACUGAGGUGAGGCAGGAGUGAAGUGGACACAUUUAACUUGAGCUUUUUUCUUUUUCUUAAAUUUAGCAACACAUUUCAAAACAAAUUUUGUAUUAAUUUUAUUGCUACUGCAUGAUGAUGUGAUGCUUCACAGAGCUAAUGAGAUAUUUGUAAGAUGUUUUGCUUUCUACUUCAUUUGCCCUUUAGACCAGUGAGCUUUUGUUUGCUGUUAAACUGUGAGAUAAACUGUGGGAAACAAUUUCAGCCUUCUGUUGUAUACUUCUGAUGUUUUUGUAAAUACAAAAUGUAAAGUCUUUUAUACAUCAAACUCACACCAUGUAGCUCCCCUCCUUCAAAACAACAGCAAUCUUCUUCAACUGAAAUUGUAGCAUCAUUUCGGUUUUCUCCAAAUGCAGGGUGAAGGUUCGUAGAAAGUCUUUUUUUUUUUUUUUUUUUUUUCAAUUUAGCUUUAGAUUGUUUUAAAGUUUAUUUUCAGAUUGCAUUCUCCUAUAUUAAAGACAAAUACAGUUUACAUGUAUUUUUUUUCUUCUGAAUCCUUCUAUUUUGUCAACAGAAAGAUUAAUUUAUCCAGAGACACGGUGUGCUAUGAACAUCUUUGAAACCAGCGAGGCUUUGUGCAGAUGUAAAUUAUAAAUUCAUAUACAUUUGUUGCACAAAAUAGUUGAUGUCAAUCAGAAGAGAGGUGAUACCCUAAUGCUGUAGCAGGUAUAGUCAUCCAGCUCUGAUGUUUAUCUGACCACUCUAUUUGCAUUAAAUCACACAGAUAUAUUUGUAUAUAUUUCCUCCAUAAGCACUUCUUGAAUAAAAUCUCUGAUAUAUCUUUGAUAUAUUAAACAGGGCUAAACAUGUAAAAUAAAAAUGGUUCCAAAGAAAUAACAUUAAAACGAAGCCACUGUCUCCUCACAUCUCAACACUGUCACCAGUGCUGGGGUUUUUUUUCAGUUCUCAGCUAUUUUUGUCAUAGUCCUGAGUCUGACUACUCAGUGUUUUGUUUUUCUUUAUAUUAUUCUAUGUUCUUGUUUAUUCUGUUAUGUCUUUUGUUUAGGUUUGCUAUGUGUUAGGGUUUUGUUUCAUGCCUGCCUGUGUUCCCUCUGUCUGUCCAUGGUGUCACUGUGUCUGCUCGUGAAUCUGUCUAAGUUCAAUGUCUUGUCUGGUUCUCAGUGUCUGUUAGUUUCCUGUUUUAUUCUGAAGGUCUCUCUCAUGUGAGCGUGUUCAGUUUAUCUUUCCCCUGUCUCAUCAGCUGUGAUUUCUCCCAGGCGUGUUCCCCUCCUGUCUCCCAUCCCUUGAUUACUGCUGUGUGUUCUUCUGCAUGUUGCCGGUUCGUAUGCGUUAAUCCCCUCCUUCAUCCUGAGCGGUUUCCUUGCAUCUGUUUGCGUCUCUCUGUCCUUCACCCCGUUUGGUUAUCAUUUCAGGUUUGCUCUUUGGUUUUCCCAGUUUAGGUUUCCUCAGUUGCUUCUCAUACCCCCGCUCCCUGUUGGUGUCAUUUUGCCACUUUGAAAAUAAACAU